CUGCCAUCUGCCAUUUAAAUUGUACACAUUCGAAGAGGGACUUUAAAUUGGUAUAAUUUUGCUGUAAUAUGUCCGGUUUCGACGAGGGAGAAAUACUCUAUAGUGAUGUAUUCGGCUCAGAAGAUCAAUUAGACCAAAACCAGUUGUCAAGAACUGCCGUUCAGAAGCAAUUCAAGAAGUUCAUUCGCGAAUUUCACGAGGGGACAUUUGCUUAUCCAUACCGUGAUCAGCUUGUACGAAAUUAUAAUCUCCAUGACUAUACAUUGGAGGUUGAUAUCCAGGAUUUGAGAAAUUUUGAUGAAGCAUUAUCGGACAAACUGGUUAAGCAGCCUUCUGUCUACUUGCCGUUGUUCGAAGAAGGUGCAAAGGAGGCAGCAGAUGAAUCAACCCGACCACGACCUGAGGGUGAGGAAGAAAUUCAGGAUAUUCAAGUUACCUUGAAAUCUGAUGCAAACCCUGAUGGAAUAAGAUACUUAAAGUCUGAUCAUGUUUCAAAGCUUGUGAAGGUUUCUGGCAUUAUAAUCAGUGCAUCAGCAAUUCGUGCAAAGGCAACAAGGAUAACACUUCAGUGUCGAGCCUGCAGGAACACCUUGCCUCAUAUUGCCCUUAGACCAGGAUUGGAGGGUUAUACUAUGCCAAGAAAGUGUCCAACAGAACAAGCUGGCCGUCCUCCGUGUCCACUGGACCCAUUCUUCAUCAUCCCUGAUAAAUGUAAAUGUGUUGAUUUUCAAGUUUUAAAGUUGCAGGAAUUGCCUGAUGCAGUUCCCAAGGGGGAGAUGCCUCGGCACAUGCAGCUAUAUUGUGAUAGAUAUUUGACAGAGAAAGUUGUUCCUGGUAAUAGGGUCACAGUUAUGGGUAUAUACUCCAUAAAGAAAUCUGGAAAGCUGAAUAAAAAGGACAAGAAAGAGAAUGUGGGUGUUGGUUUACGUCGUCCAUACCUGCGUGUUGUUGGCAUUCAAGUGGACACAGACGGCCCGGGAAGAAGUGCUCCUAAUGCCGUGGAUAUGCAGGAAGAAGAGGAAUUCCGACGCGUGGCGGCAAGAGCCGAUGUUUAUGAUAUUAUUGCAGGAAGUAUUGCACCAUCUAUUUAUGGUAGCGAGAAUAUCAAGAAAGCAAUUGCUUGCCUGCUAUUUGGGGGAUCCAGGAAAAGGUUACCAGAUGGUUUAACACGAAGAGGUGACAUCAACCUACUCUUGCUUGGCGAUCCCGGAACUGCGAAGAGUCAGUUGCUAAAGUUUGUGGAGAAGGUUUCCCCCAUAGGGGUGUACACCUCUGGCAAGGGGAGUAGUGCGGCUGGAUUGACUGCGUCAGUAAUACGUGACCCCGUUUCCAGAAAUUUCAUCAUGGAAGGAGGAGCAAUGGUCUUGGCCGAUGGUGGAGUUGUUUGUAUUGAUGAAUUUGACAAGAUGAGGCAGGACGACAGAGUGGCGAUUCAUGAGGCCAUGGAACAACAGACUAUUUCAAUAGCAAAGGCUGGUAUUACAACAACACUAAAUACAAGAUGCUCAGUUCUCGCCGCUGCUAAUUCUGUGUUUGGAAGAUGGGAUGAAACCAAAGGUGAAGAGAAUAUCGACUUUAUGCCAACGAUUUUGUCUCGUUUUGACAUGAUCUUUAUUGUGAAAGAUGUCCACGAUCAGAGCAAGGAUAUGCGACUAGCAAAACAUGUCAUGCAAGUGCACUUGAACGCAGCACAGACAACGCAAGACCAAGAAGGAGAAUUGAGUCUGAAUUUUCUUAAGAAAUACGUCGAAUAUUGUAAACGAAAAUGUGGUCCGAGAAUUUCAUCCGAGGCUGCAGAAACAUUAAAGAAUCGUUACGUUCUGAUGAGAAGUGGUGCGAGGGACCACGAGAACGAUACAAAUAAGAGAAUUAACAUUCCCAUCACCGUCAGACAACUAGAAGCCAUUGUGCGUAUUUCUGAGUCGCUGGCGAAGAUGCGACUAGCGCCAUUUGCCACCGAAGCAGACGUUGACGAGGCAUUGCGAUUGUUUCAGGUGUCCACGCUUGACGCAGCCAUGUCAGGAAGUUUGGCAGGUGCUGAUGGAUUCACCCCUCAACAAGAUGUCGAGGAAAUAAGGCAAAUAGAGGGGCAGUUGAAGAGAAGAUUUCCUAUUGGCGCACAGGUUUCUGAACAGCGUAUCAUUCAGGACUUUUUGAAACAGAAAUACUCUGAGAGGUCAAUAAUAACAGUUCUUCAAAUCAUGUUAAGAAGAGGUGAAAUGGCGCAUCGGUUUCAGCGAAAAGUCCUGUACCGGGUACGUUAACGGAAACCGCUGCCAAAAACAUGCAUGAAUGCAUGGUUUCUAACCACACACUUCAAGUAAAAGUACGUUUUUGUUUACUGAAGCAACUCAAGGAAUACACUUUUUUCUCACACAAAUUACUUGUUAUUUAUUGGAUAGCUUGUAUGUCAAGUGAUAGCUGUAGAAGCGUCCACUCACAUGCGCUUGAGUAAUUUUUAUUUGAUUGCAGACUUGCAUUCAGUAUAUGUAUAUGUAUUGCACGCCCCGUAUAUGCGUAUUAUAUUUCGAUGUUUCUCCAUACAUGUUUUCCUAUAGUAGUUUAUUAAAUUGCUUGUAAUAGACCUAACAAUUCCUCUCCAUAUUGUUAUUAAACUAAAUUACUAUAAGGGGUAUAAAGAACUACAGGGGGUUUAUCGUGCUGGGUUGUAGGGCUGCAGAGAGCAGAUUUAGUGAAACUGAAAAUGUUGGAAAAUAUAAAAUUAUAUAUGUAGCUGUAUACGUGCAUAUUCAAAACCAAGCAAGUUCUGAUAUGCGAUUCGAUCCAAGGGUAUGAUUGUUAUUUUCGCAUGUUAUUAAUAGUAUUUCGCAUGCAACCGGACUUUUUAAUAACACUAAGUUUAGGAUGCCUUUCCCCACCUAUACACUCAUUCAGAAUUUAGUUUAAUAGUCUUUUUAUAUAAAAUUUUAAAAAAUACUGUAGACAGCGCCAAAUUAAUGCGAGGUAUAGAGCACGGAAAGUAUAGCUACCCAAGAAUCAAAAUCAACGCGAAGAAUUUUGACAGCACCCGUCGACCAUAUAUGA